AUCACGUUUAGCACCAGGUACAACUAUAUUUUCGUGAGUUGCUUUGUUUUCAUAGUCGAGUGCUGGCAGCUUGACUUGCACGUCUACUGAACGCAAAUAUUUUUGUCCCAAAACGAGCUUGUGCGAGCGAAAUGGAGAGUUAAUUUUAUUCUAGACAUAUUUAAAAGAUAGUUUCACUUAAUCUUCUCGGUUUAGCUAGUAAAAUAACAAUGUUCUUCUCGAUCAUAGCCUAAUGUAUUGUCAUUCUCCAGCUCUGAAGCUUUGAUUCAUUCUUCUUGGUUAAAUCGAGUACUUCAUGCCCUCACAAUUAAACUUCAAAACCACUAUUUAAGAAAAUUGAAUGAGCGUUAUUCACGUUCGCAGGACGUUCUAAGAAACCUGUGAAUGAGAGCCUAACGAUGAAGAUAAACGAGUGAAACACAAGCUGGGAAGACGGUGCUAUUACGAGGUAGGGAACUUAACUUAAGUGAAUAAAUUUUGAUUCAAACACGUGCAUAUAUAGCGGCCGUGUACAUGUAGUUAGUAAUUUUAAUCUGUUUUAAUAUGUAAUGUUGAAAGUCUUAACUGACUGCUGCUUAAAUUACAGGCAAAACAGCGCUUGCAAACUUGUUUUGGGUAUCCUAAAAAUAUGAAUAGAGGUAAUUCUUUAGUUCUGCCCUAGACCAUGCAAGUUUUGAAGAGAUCCGUGUAAACUUUGACGUUUGUGUGCUCCUGCUCGUACUCGUCUUUGAAACGAAAGGGACAGAACGGUUAAAAAGUAACGCGGGAAUCAUUCAUCGAGUAUUUGAUGAUGAGCUUUAGGAACAAAUAGCUGAUUAGCUACUUUUAUUGUUUGAAAACGUAUGAAAGUCUAUUCGUCGCUUGUUUGGGGUAUGACGCUAAGACUACGAACUUUUUUAAAAAAUUAAAAUGCUUUACCAACUAUUGGAGCAACACAAUUUGCUGAUUAAAUACAAACGGAGUUAAGCGUAGCGACUAGUGCAGGGAAAGUUUUCUUACCAUUUCUUAUUUGGUAAUUUAAACCGCAUAAAUAACCUAGAAUCGCACUUUUUUUAAGCUUAACAAAGUACGCUCAUAAAAUACUGUUAAUGAUAUAUCUCUCACCCCAUAAUAAUAUUACAGUAGUCACAUGACUAGUGGCGGGAUUUAAUUAUUGAUGCGACUCAGUAGAUUACUGUCAAUCACACUCUUACUCCAUUUCCUUAAUGUCAGCUUUAAAUAAAUCGACACAUGGCCCACCAUUUCAGAUCAAAAAACAAAUGUAGUUAGGGGUGGGGGGGUGCUGGGAGGCGACAGGGAGGUUGGGGUGCAGGAACACUGUGGUUGGGGUCUGGGCUGUUUUGCUAACUGCUUGAGACAGACGUGGUAGGUUACCUUCUGUCAGAGAGUGAGAAAUUAAAAUAAAGCUGGAGUACUGCAAGCAAAAAGUAAGUAUGCCUCAAUAAGUCUAUCUCCCCCCCAUGGGGAUAAUAUGGCUGAAUCCUCCAUUAAGCAAAAUUCAUUCGCCACGAAGCAAACCUCGGAAGCAGAUGGGAGAAGAAAAGGAAACUAUCAUAUUUCUAGCAAGAGCCCUCUUUUGACGCAAACGCUCAUUAUUUUACUUUUGCUGGAAUGAUCUACUCAUAACACUUUUAUCACGGUCAAACGAAAGCGCCCGCGCCGUAGGCUUGCCUUAACUUUAUCCUUAUUCUGUACCAGUAUUAUGAGGAAACCUGUUGAUACAUGGUUUGUGUGGUGGGUAAAAAGGAAAAUUUGCAAAUCGGAAAUCAUCAACAGUGAUGUGUCCCCAGUGGAUUUGUUACCUUUGCGUCCUGCAUCCCUGACGCAUAAAAUUCCCCGAAGACGUCAAAUAAUUCAUGAAAAUGCGUCCAGUAGGACGCAAAGAUCGGUCGAUCGAUCUGAAAUUGUGUUUUCAGUUGUAGAAUGCUGUUCGUGUGAUUUCUGUGGCAGUUAUUACGGCUGUCAUUUAACGAACAAUAUUUAUUUUAGCCUUUGUUAUGCUUUAAAAUAGAAGAACUAUAUUUUGAUUUCAGAAUACUGUCAUAUAGAGAUUUGUAGUCGGUUCUCAGAUUAACUGUCUGGUUACAUAAAAGCCCAAGCAUUUUCAUUUGAUUUUCAAGGGAGGACUCGUUGCCUUUUGAACUGGGAUUCAUUGGUUCUGGACUGGGAAUAAUGGUUUCACAAGAUGAGUCCCAGGACUCACCACAGCUAUUUGUAACAAAAUCACUUGUGUUCCAUGUAAACUAAUCCCUGUAAUGUAGGUACAGAUAGGUCUGUCCGGAUUUUGCUUGGCAACUUUUGGCGUUUGGAGCAACUUUUUGCGGUUCUAGCAACCUCGAGCAAUUUUUUGUCUUUCUGGGCAAUUUUUGAGCAAAAUAUAAACACAAAGCACGAAAAAAGUCAGCGAUUUCAUAGAAAACUUCAAUUCAUUAGAAUUUCGUAAAGGUCAAGAGAGGAUUUUCCUCUGUGGGAAAUGUUUAGCAACCUUUUGAACACACAAUCUCUCAGUACGUUUCGCAGGCCUUAAAGGGCAAUUACUACCGUAUGAAUAAUUAGUUAAUAUCCUUAAAUUUUCACCCAUCUUUAAAGCUAAGUUUCACUUUCUGGCAUUCUAGUAAGCAACUUUCAAGCAUUUUACGAGCACAAUCGGGGCAGGAAUAGGUACAGAGGCAACAGAACAACCCUCGCUACUGGGAAAAAAUGCAUGGGGCCUGGAACUAGAAACAAUGGAAUAGGCUCAUCAUGCAUCAUACAACGGAAACAUCCCCCCACGCAAAGACCAAUAUAAGUAUUGUGUCCUCCCGGAAAUCGAUAUCCUUCAGCAAUUGUCAAUCUUUCUUCGUGACUUUUUUCCGCCUAACACUCCAAAUCAUGAUCAACGAUCUCUCUGCCAUUUCAGUAAAAAUUUCAAACAUUAAAUGUGCCAGAAAUUUGCUUCCCCAAGAUAAGAUCUUUAAGAUAAGAACUUUAUUUUAGCACGGUAAAAAGAUCAGCAUUGCUGGUGGGGUCGUGCACACAACAAUUACAAAAAAAAUGAAAUAAAAUAGGGACUGCUGAAAUAAAAAGUACGAUUAAAAAUUAAAAACUGUUAAAAGUGCUAAAACAGGUCGUGAAAAUGUACAAUUAAAAAUUAAAACUGUUAAAAGUAUUCGUAACCGAUAUCUGUAUUUUUAGUAGUAGCUAAGAUUGGUUCGAAGUUCAUGUUAUCGGUAUCAAAUUUCCCUCAAGUCAGUCUGCGUUCUCCCAAUGUAUUUAUAACGUGGUUCCUCUUCUGCCCACGCACAAGAGAACACCAAAGGCAGGCUGCAUGAAUAAAUACGGGAGUGAAUUAUUUUGGGUUAAAGGUCACAGCUGAGAAACUGGAUGUAUAGACAGGGGUAUAAAUUUCGUCUUGAAAGUCAAUACGCUCAAUUAAGGACACGGACAACUGGCGCGUCUCGUAAGUGAAACGGUUUUUUUUUUUUAACAAAUGUUUGCGACCUUUUUUAUCAUUCUUUUAAUAGAAAGCAUGAAAAGGUAAUUGUACAGUGCACGUAAAAUCGAUUGCGAGUUUUGGCAUCUUUGCUCUAUUUACAUUAGCAGUUAAUAGCUAAUCGAUGCAUCCGGUGCAUUGAGAUAAAUACUGGGAAGAAUUUCAAAUACUGCCGCCCUAUCACAAACCUCCUUGUCUGGAAGCCGCUCAUAAAGUAGACUGCUUGUUGUCCGCCUUUCCUCGCAACAUCCGUUGAGUUCUCAUCCCACCCCAGCCAGCGCGAUCGCAAAAAACGCCGUUACAAAAAGGGACGGGGACGAGACGAGAAAGGACUGGCCAAACACAAUUUUCUUUGUUUGGCAAUUUAAAAUUCGUCAUGCGCUUUCACAUUUGCCAAAAUUGAUAAAUGAGUGAAUUAAUAAUUAUCAAACAGUCUGAUAAGCAAUCGUGAAUAAACAAUUGUUUCAACAGAGAGAAGAUAAAGAACCCAUCUUAUAUGCUCUUAGUCAAGGAGGGGGGUAACAACAGCUUCGUGUGCAAUACUUGGUUGAGGCGUCAUUUGCUGUAAAUGGCCAAAAGAUAAUUACACAAUGCAUAGGGUUAAUUUCUACUCUCGUAGCAAAUUCUGCAGACUACAAAUUGUAUUUAAAUGUUCCAAAGCCAGUUAAAUGCAACUUUUAAAUAACAUUUUGCAUUAAUUAAAGGCUGGAACAAGUGUAAUGCAAUGCACCACGCUUAAGUUGUUUUUGUGUUGCUAAGUAACUGAUCAUAAACCGUGUUAAGUACAAUUGUAAUUAUAAUUAGUAUUCAAAGACUCCUUUUUCCCUUGUGUUUCUUUCGAUUACCAUAAGUUUAUGCCGAACGUAUUACAUUGUCUCUGAAGUCUUGUUUUAAAUUUAAACCAAGCUCCGGAGAAAUCUUAAAGAGCAGAACAAGUUCAUUAGCACGCGAUAUUCUUCUUCUAUUACCCAAGCCAGUCAUGGAACCAUGACUUUUACGUCAGUGUAUUUCGUUGCAUAUUAGUACUUGAGAAGUUCUUGCUUUGUAUGAUAGCCUAUGAAUAUCUCAGUCCAACUAUUUGUCUAACCGUUUAAAUUUCGUAAACUUUAAUAGUGGUUGAGACGCAUGGACCGCAAUCAUCGAAUGCCUCUUCGCACUUCGCUUGAAAGAAUCGUAUUUCAGGUUGCUAAGGACUGGGAACGUCACUAAUAUUAAAAUUCAUUCAUUCAUUCAAUUUUAAUUGGUUAAUCCAAAUUUACAAUUAUAUUUUCUCACUACCCACAAGUAGCAAAAGCUAGUCUAGGUGGACAGUGUCUGUACAAAAAAGAAAAAAAAAGACGCACUCCUAAUAUAUUAAAUUCACAAGUGAGCUAGAGUAAUUUAGAUAAAUAGACGGUCCUAUCUCCGGGACAACAUACACAUUACCUUAAUCCAAGAGAUAAUGAGCUCAUUCUCUCUUGCUUAAUCUUAACUGCUAGUUAGAUAUGGCGAUAGAGCGGUUUUCAUUUGAGUGUCGAAAAUUAAUUGGUUUUGCACUUUCUACACGAUGCGAUUGGCUUAAAAGAUUCGCGCCACCUUUUCAUCCAAUCAGAAGUAAAACCAAAGCCAAUUGUGACGCGCUCGCAUGCAUUUUCCCGCGCUUUUCGUCAGCCACAUGUAAUUACUUCGAGUUUUGAUUGGUUCAAUGUAUUGUCUGUGUCCUAUGUGAUUGGCCAGAGUAAUUACUUUGGUUUUGGUUUUACGACACUCAAACGAAAACCACUCUAUGAGAGGUGGAUUCCGCCACUAAACGUCAUUUUUAAACAACUUUUUUCCGCCUAUGAGGAAAGUGGUGUGUUUCGCAAAGUACUUUAGGCGAAUGUUGGCCUUAGGUAUAUAUCACGCAGUCAUUUGACCAAGUAUAGGCUAAGAAAGCAGGCUUCUUGCAUCCGAUAAGCCCAAAAACAGAUCACAGAAGGAAAGAACAGGAAAAAUAGAGAGAGCAAGUAUAAAGAAAGGAAGGGAGGAGGGAAAACAAAACAAUGGUCGCACUCUAAGCUUUUAUAUUGGCGACAGAAGAGGUCUAGUUUGGCCGUAUACAAAAUCAUUCAUGGAAGGGGAGGGGUGGCUGAGAGCGUUACGUUAGAAGUAUUUGAUCAUGGGCCGUUUUCAGUAUGGAAGUCUUGACAACCUAGACGUAUCAGUGGAUUGACCGGAUAGUUGGUCUGCUACACAGCCGUUUUUAGUGUCGUCACGCUACGCUCCUUGGAGAGGAGCGUUGCGUGACGACACUGAAAACGGCUGUGUAGCAGACUACUGGAUAGUCUGCUCGUUGAAAACUGUGGUGAUAUAUUCGCCGAACGCAUAUUAGUUCUGUGAAGUUUGUCACCGUUAUAAGAAUAAACCCCUCCCAUCUAUUAAACGCCCCUGCUUGGGAUCCCAAAAUUAAUUAGACGCCCCUAGCGUCUAUUUAAUCAUUUACAGAAAUCUCCUGUCCUGUCCUUCAGAAAGGGUUACCAUGGCAAGUGAUACAAGCGGCGACCCUGUAAACGGUCACGGAAAAGACGAAGAAUCGAGUUCGAUAUUGCCUGGACCAGACAGCCACGUCCCCGCCAUAGACGACAGUGUUAUUGCGGAUGAUGAUGAAGGGCUUCCUUUUAUUUCCGCUGUGUAUUCGCUGGCGCCGGAUGACAAGACAAACGAGUCUCCAAAAUCAGGUUGGUUCAUCAGUUUCAGAGGAUCGUAAGGGAGAAAUUCCUUAUUCCUUGUUUUAAUUCAAGUUUCGGACAAGCCUGCGAAGAAGCGAGUAAUCUUCCUAUUGAGAAAAUGGUCACUCGCUAGUUCUGUUACUAAAUUGAAGUAAAUCAAAGUAGAUAAAUGAAUUAAUAAAUAAAAAAAAUACAACAAGCAAGAGACAAAGAACAACAUCAAAACAUUUAUCAGCAAAAGAUCCUGAAAACGUUUGAGGAAUGAAUGUUUAUCCAUGUUAUGAUGAAAUUUCUUCUUGGGGAAAUGUACCGCAUUCUAUUUUGUUCAAUUUAUACGUUUUUGUUUUUAUUUUUUAAAAAUAUAAAUUGGGCUUUGUUGGCAUGAAAUUAUGCUAUUCAGGUCGAUCCAGAUGACUGAUAAAGGAUCCUCAAAGUUGUCAUUUUCGGCGGCCGAGCUUUCAUAAGCCCUAUUUACACAGACCGUUUUGUCGCACAUCAAAAGCCGCGGUAGGCGCGAUUUCAAAUCGCAUGUGCAAACCAUUGGCGAUUAAAAUUAUCUUUAUUUGUCUGACGGUACGAUCAAAGUAGAUUUCGUCUUCACCGGGCGCACUUAUCGUGGCGUUUACGAUUGAAACUUGACCUUUUAAAUAAACGUUCAUACUUAGGCCAUUCAGUGAUAAGCAGUUCUUCUCCGUUACUCCACAAGGCUCUUUUUAUCAUCUUCGAAGUAGGGAUAUUGCCAUGUAUAUAAAUUUUAACACUUACGAUGGGAAACAACUAACAAUGAGUAAAAAUGACAACCUUCUCCUAAACGGGGAAUGCAUGAUGUUUCGUACGUAAACUGCCGCAUAUAAUUGCAUCGAUUGCUUGUGAGAAACGUGGUAAUCUCGGCAGGCUAUUUAAACUUCAAGAUAUGGCUCUUUUAAACGGACCUUUAGGCUCGCCAUUUGUCUUCGGGUGAGCGCUAUCGUUCUGAUAAGUCCCCUUCCCACCCGCCCUAACCCCGAAAAAGCCCCAACCCCUCGGUGAACAACGGAAAAUAAUCCCCCCCCCUCCCUUCUCGAAUAAGAUCCCUUCUUCCGGACCUUAAGUUCCACCUUAUUAUAAUUAAUAACCAAAUCAUCGAAUCUGGUAAAAGCGCUAAUAUUGUAGGUUUACACGGUGCCGAUAAUCAACGGCCCUCAAAGGGUAAAGGUAAUGAGACGGGAGAUAGAAUGGAAGUUAAGUCUAUUGUAUAUUUCAAAUUUUCAAUCUAUAAUAUUUGCUUUGCAGACGCUCAAAACGUUGGCACUUUGAACUCUAGAUCAACGACAGGAGCAAUAACGCAGAUGGUUGAUUUAGGAAAGACUGUUUUUCUCCAUUCAUGUUCUGUUGUCAAUAGUGGUACUUUGUCAAACGAUGAUCCACUUUCUAUAAAUGUAGCUCGAGGAAUUCAAUCUACCACAGGUCAGAGCAAGGAAGGUCUGACAACUCACAAUUUCGGUACCAGCACUGUAAUAAAUAGAACACAAAAUGAGGGUGCAUGCGCUUCGGUAGGAAAAAUCACUUUGGAAUCACAAGAACGAAAGACAAGUCCACUGACGACUGAAGCUAUUUCACGGACAGCAUCAACAAUGCCAAGUACAGCGCCGAAUCUGCAAUCAGCAGGGAAUAUGUCGCAUCUAGUUAGGCUGGUGAACAGCGUGAGCAACGCCGAUGCACCUAAAACCACUUCUUUAUUAACAUCUACCAAGGUCGCUAGUGGCGUUUCAUUGCCACCACCGGCAAUGCAAGGGCUUGUCCCACCCACUGCGCCUGCUCCGGCUGCCGCGCCAGUAACACACUUGCCGAGAAAAAUUGCGAUGAAGCAGCCUCCUUCGACUGUCGCUAACAAACUGACAUCUAUUGUUUUGAACCUUAAACCAGGCGAGGCUCUUCCGAAGGCGUUAAAUUUACUGGGCCCGGACGGGAAAUCAGUGGUAGUUUUAACUCUACCCGAGGGUGGUAAACAACUUGUAGGCGGGAAGGUCUUGAUUCCAAUUCCAGCUAAUGUAGUUUCCCCUAUUGCUGCACCCCCUAAAGCUGCUAUUGUUAAUAAGGUGUAUCCCAUUGCGCCUCCCCCGUCCAAAACAACUGUUUCAUCACCGCAGACAAGUGUCACCCCACGGCUGCUUUCUGUCUCAGGUUCUUCACUAAAACCACCCGCGCCCAGCACUGUGCUAAGUUCAGUAGCAUCAAGUUCCGCGAGCGUUUCGAGCCUUUCUCAGACGCGUUUGUCUGUUGUAAGUGCGGGUGCUUCUGGUAGCGUAUUAGGAAGCAGUGUUAGAACAUCGCCAGCUACUGUAACAACGCCGACAAAUUUAAGGCCGCUGGAGCCAAAACCGCCAACUUCAACGGCUGAACAGUCGACUGGCCUUUCACCUCAAGACGCGAAAAUUCAAAGGCUUAAGGAGCUUAUUAAACGGCAGGAAGAAGCCGUAAACAAACUUCGCGAAAAACGGCGCCUUGAAAUUGAUCGAAUCAGGGAUCCUUCGUUAACGUCCAAGCAGCAAGAUGAUUCAGGGACGGACGAUUCACUGAAAAGCGAAAGGGUUCCUUUAGCUGAACAAAAGAGACCUUCGAGUCCCUUCGCUGUUCCUCUUCCACCAAAGAAGCGGAUGAAGGAUUACGAUUCGAGCUUCAAGUCAAAAGCUUCCAAGGCGUCAGAUACUUCGGCAACACCUGACGGUGCAUUUAUUCCGAACGCCGAUGACAAAUCUUUUGUGCAAUUGGUUGGGUUGGAGAACGUUGUAAAUAGCAUUAAAUAACAGUAAAAGUGGGUUAAUACUAUGAGUGGUGGUCUUACAGCUUUAAGAAGGACUUAUUCACUUUGCUUUUACUUCUAAAGAGCCAUAACAAUCUUCAAGAGAGCAUGUUCGCGAAUUGGUAAUUUAUUUUCACUUGUUUUGAUAUCUGGUUUUUCGGCUUCAAUUUAGUUUGUAAAUCAGAAAGCAAAGUUUACUUAGAAGAACUUGUUGAAGAGUGAAGUACACAAUUUGUGAUAGGACCGUUAUAAAC